GAGUCCACAAUAUUUUAACAUUUUUCACUCCAAACUAAAUUUUUUUCACCUACAAAAUUGUUUUUAUAAUUUAAACGAAUAUUUUACUUAUUAAUGUUUGUUAUCACUGUAUCGUUGUGCUCUGCCACAUAUUUUUAUUUUAUAAAUUUUUAAUGUUGUUUUCUGCCUCAUCUGCGGGAUCUAUAUUGCGUACCUAAUAUUGACCUACUUGACGAAAUCCAUAAUACCUACACUAAUUUUAUUCUCAAUAUUUGGGAUAAUAAAGAUAUUAUUAUUAUUUAUAUUUAGGCAAAACUCUCCACCCUACUCGUUUCUUUCCUAAAUGUCUUUAUUUGCAUCACAACAGCAAUUUUACGAAUGAAUGAGGUUUCUUCUAGUCGGACGUCGAUGAAGAAACAAAAUCGAACUCCGUAGGUGUUCGUCCGGCACGGCGCAAAUCAAAAUCCGCUCCAGAUGCGUAAUCCGGUGAAAUGCGGCAGACCGAAAACAACAACAACAACAACGAUUAUUAUUGCGGAGCUGGUCGCGAUUCAAGGUCAAUAGCUCGUUUUUCGUUUGAUAACUCGGACCGGCGGCGGCGGCGCGGCUGAACAAUCGCCGCCGCCGGGCGGACGCUUUACAUUACAAAACCUUAUUAGAUGACGUCGGUAUGACGCGAAAGUAACGGCCGCGGAGGCGGGUUGUGACGCCGCCGCCGGCUCGUCAGCUGUUCGACCACGUGAUCGAGCCCUCGAGUUCUUCGGCUGCGUGAAUACGUCUUCCGCGCAAAGGGGGACCGCCGCUUCGCCCACCCCGCGCGGCGGCGGGGGCGGGUGUCACGUCAAGCCGUUACACGCGGAGGGGGCUCGCGAACUACCACCCUCCGCCGUUCGCUGCCCUGCGCUCAGUUCUAUCGCGUCCGUUCUCGCAAGUAUUGAUCAGCUGGACAAAGGAACUGACCACCGAGAGUUCGCAAGAAACUAUAUCGCCCGACGAUCCCGCGUUAAACGGUCGCAGUGUGCCGCGCGCGCGGAGAACCUCCCGAGUCAGUCAGUCGGUGGUGGGGCGCCGGUGAUGACGUGCGUGUUUCGCCGACGACCGUGAACUUUUAUUUUCUUUCGUGCCACGCGGAGCGACGAGUUCGCGAACCGACGAAACUUCUUCUGGUGGUGCUGCUGCGCGCGUUUUCAUUGGCCGCGCUGCGCCGCACGUGUUUUCCAACGAAACCUCACAAAUUACUGACUAUAGUGAACUUUGAGUGUUGUUACGAUGUCGGCUACGAAGGCCGGCAAACGGCCCCUGCGUUCGUUGACGGCCCACGAGAAGCUCAGCGCCAUCCGGAGGGUCCACGACGGCGAAAGCAAGGCCUCGGUGGCUCGCGAUAUCGGCGUACCCGAGUCCACCCUUCGGGGAUGGUGCAAGAACGAGGAAAAGAUCUCUUUUCUCAGCCGGCAGUCGAGUCCCGAGACAGACGAUUCCAAUCACUCGAACAAAAAGAUAAAACUCGACGAUCAGCCGUACAAUUUAAGCCUGAAGACGCCUCUGCCCGGGUACUCGCCCACACUCGAAACGCCGGUCGACUUCACCAAAGCGUGCGAAACGCCGGACGCUGAAAAAUCUCCGCUGAACCUGCGUGUAAAGUGCGAGAACGCUACGACGCCGGUGUCCACGCAAAAACAGGUGACGGCCGCGCCGGAUAAAGAGAAAGAACGGGAGAGGAACAGGGCCGAGUUGGCGAGGCUCAGCGCCGAAUUGGGAUUGAACCGGCCGGAGGUGUUCCUCUCUAGUCUCAACAACACCAACAUGAACGACCUCACCGGUUUGUUGAUUCAGUGGAAUAGUAUCUAUCAGCAGCAUCUCCUUUAUCAACAACAAAAGACGCAACAACAAAGCAAGAACAAAGUGACGGCACCGGCGGACACCAGUACCAAGAGCUUGUCUCCGAAAGGGUUGCUGACUACCGUGGACAACGCGGCGGAGAAGAAAAUGUCCAGUAGCGAACAGCAGUCGGUGUACGACUCGGUGUCGUAUUGGCUGAGACAACAACAGUCGUUCGUGGGCUUCAAUCCACCGCCCAAUCACCAGCCGUUGCUGACGUUGAGCACCAGUUUGCCCAGCACGUCGACGGUGACGAACGUGAGCAGUACCAUCCCGACCAACACGACGACCACGCUACUGAACGGAGCGGGAAGCAACAGCGUCGCGAACCAGCAAAUGAAGUUCUGGAAUUGGUACAAACAGUCCGCGUACAAUCCGUCUCAAACGGUAGAGAAACCCAUUCUGUACCAACAACUGACCAAAGACGCCGAGAAGGACCUCAGCAACGCGGAAAACCACGCCGACGAGAAACCGCGAAGCAACGGCAGCACCAAGAACAGGUCAGUACUGGACAACUUGUUGCUGAACAACAACACCAUAGAGUACGGCGAGGACAAGGACGACGCGGGAACUGCGGCCGCCAACGAGGCCAUCGAGCACGGAGAAAAGUUUCUCAAGUGGUUGGAGUCGUGCAGCGACCCCUCCGUGACCACGUUGCAAAUUUUGACGCUACAGGGUCUGAUCAAAAACCUAAAGUCAGGAGCCGACAGGAAAAACGGCGACCCUCAGUGCAAAGCCAAAGUGAAACGGAAGUGAGUCUCCCGGUCGACGAAACGCGGGGUUAUACAGGGUCGUACACUUUCCGCUGCACCGUAGCAAUUUGUUUCACCGUAGGGUAGCGUUUUAGUGGAAUCCCUCGAACAUGAAGGCUGUCACCAAAAUGAAUUAGUCACUAGACUGUUAACUCGAUUACUACGUAGUUUAUUGUGUACAAAACAAAAGCGGGGCGGGCGCGAAUUUUUCGGACUAUGCGGAAUUUGAUAUGUAUAACGAUAUUUUAUGCCCUGCCCGCCGCUCCUCAAUGUUACCUUUUUUAGUAGAUUAUCUGUAAAUAUAUUUAAAUUAUAAUUAUUAUAGUAUAUAAAAAGUUGAUCGAAACUCAGAUAAUGUGACGCAUUAGAAGUGCGACAUCAACACAGAUUCCUUGUUAGAGUUUAAUUGUUUUUCGGUGCCAAAUGAUAUUAAAAAAAGCGUAUUCUUUCCAUGCUCAACUGAUAUAGCGUACCUACUUAUUGAUGUGUAUAUGUAUAUAAUUUAGAAUGUUUUCGAUUGUUUUUGCCCUUAAUUUUGCCAAAGUUUUUAUUUAUUUCGACUUGCAAUAACGGUGCCGCCGGGCCGGCGUUUUUAGCCUAUCUUUAGUGCGAUACCGACCGAUUGAUCUCCUUCCUAUAGAUGUAUAACGGACCGCAUAUUGUAAGACUUAUUUCGUGCAUCGCUUUCCGAUUUUCGACUUGGAAAUGAUUUUUGCGUUCGACCGAAGUUAAUUCUUUGACCGUCUUGUUACCCAUAAAUCUAUCAGAU